AUGAGCAUUUCAAUAACGGUCACCGGCCAUUCUUCCGAAAAUCCUUUUAUCGGAUGGAAAUCGACAUGUAAACUUAAGAACAACGUGAUAGUAAUGCCGCCGACUGUGCCGGCUUCUAAGCCCGUAUUUGCCACGCUGUUGAUUAAAAGAAUCAUCCGAGUGCCGACGACGUUUGAAUUACGACCGCCUAAUAAAUCAAUGUUCUUAGCAAAACCCAUGAUGGGAAUGAUAAAUAGCGAUUACCAAAUUGUAGUGUUUCAACUGAUGAAAACGAGCAAUAAAGAAUCGCUUUUCGCCGAACGGUGGAGCAUAGUGUUCGAUGGUUUCAAAAAUAAUUUGGUCACCAUAGACAUCUACGCGAGCUCGGAAUUCGGAUGCGUGACGAUCGGCGAGCGGAAUCGCGUGGAAGUGCCGAACGACGUCCAAGUGGGGUGCGAAAUGCGGGACGAGUGCGUACCGAUAGUCAACACGACCAGACAUUGGUUGCGGUACUGCAUAGAUGUGACCGGUGAGCAUCACUCGGUAAACAACGAGCUGAUGGGGUUUCAGUCCACUAAACGUCGUUAUUCGUGGGGUUCGUUGGUCGAGCAAGAAAUCGAUAACGAAGAGAACGGUGUUGAAUCAGAAAUCGAUGGCGAGUCGGAAAACGACGUCGGAUCGGAAAACUACGAUGGUUCGGAAAACGACGAUGGAUCGGAAAAAGACGACGGAUCGGAAAAAGACGACGGUUCGGAAAACGAUGGCGGAUCGGGAAAUGACGAUGGAUUGGAAAAGGACGCCGAACCGCAAAGUCGUGCCGCAUCGGAAAAGCACGUCGGACCGGAAAAUGACGCCAGAUCGGAGUACGCCGAGCCGGAGGGGGAAGGAGAACCUGAAGAUGACGACGAGAGUUCGUCGACGGCGACGAAUCGGAGCUAUGCCAUGUAUUCAAUCACAUCUUCGAUGGCGUCUCCGACGAAGUUCGGACGACAGUCGUCGAUGUGGCUGGCCGGAUUGGAGAAGACGAAGCCGUGGCCGUUCGUGUUUGAGUUCGAUGAGGUAGUCGGCGAAUUGGGACCCAACGAAAGACGCAACUUGCGGCUGUCGUUCCGCCCGACGUCGAACCUGACGUACACGGCCGACGCGACGUGCUAUUUGACUUGCGACCGCGACGACUAUCCCAAAAUCGUCAACGCGCUACCCGUCACCAUCGACGGCACCGGAUGCAAAACGCAGUUCCAGAUAACGCCAGAAAAUUGUUAUUUGAACAAUAUGAUAGUAAACGUGGAAAGAACACAACGAUUUAUAAUUGAAAAUAAAAAUCGUUCUUACGCAAACAUCAAAUUUGUUACAACUCCAGCAAGUUCUAUGAUUUGGCCUACACCAAAUUGUAAAAUAAAUCCACAAACUUUUCGAUUCACGCCUCAGCAAUAUCAGUGUAAAAUGGAUUUAUCUAUGUACCCUACAGAGUUGGGAUUUCAAACGUUUUUCGUCAACAUACAGCUUGAUCCUAAAGUGGAAUCUUAUCCGGAAAACGAGAAUACAAUAACGGUCAGUAUGAACGUCAUAACGUGUGCACUGCAAAUCUUAAGAAUAUCUAACGAUUCUAUACCUUAUUUCGGAAGAUUGACUUUAAACAAGCUUUUUCACUGCCUAAAGAUAAACAACGAACUCGAUGAAGUUUACAAAAAAAAUAUAUCACCAAUAAUAUGGACUAUACCUGUAAUUUCUGAAUCUAGCACUUUUGACAUUCAGUUAUAUAAUUAUUCUAAAGUACCAAUAAGUUGGGAAUUAAAAUACAAUGAAUGCAUAAAAUGCACAUCGGAGAACAAACACAAUAAUAAUAAUAAUCAUAAGAACUGCAUUACUCUUUCCAAUAAAUGUGUGCACUACAAGAGUAUAAGAAUCACUCCAACUGUAAACUUGAAAGUAAUUAAAAACAAAUUUCUUUGUAAUUACUAA